GCCUGCCCAGACCCACCACCUCCUCUGCAAUAUCCCUGCGCGCCAUGAGCUUCUCCAUCGACGACCUCGUUUCCUCGUUCAAGUCGAACCAUAUCGGCCAGGAGGCUACAGACCUCGCCAACCUCCAUGCGCAACUCGCACAGACGCUGCGCAACCAGCCCUCAUCGGGCACACAGUCCGCUACCCGGAGGUCCUAUGCGCGCUGCAACACCCCUCUUUCCUGCACACCGUCCUCCAGCUUCUCCUGGGAGCCGAGUGACAUAUCCCGAGCCCGAAGUUCCAGUGUGGCGGGCCCCGCGCAACGCCGGGGGACGGAUGAGCGCAAGCGAGACGCGGACGAGAUGGAAGAGGACGAGCGCAUGGUCGAAGAUAUGCUCAUGUCCUCUCCGACAGCGUCUCACUUCCCUCAAAUACACCACAAUGCGCCGUCCUCGGCUUCCUCCCAGUCUAGUAUGUCGCACGUCUCGUACUCAGGCUCGUAUGAGCCUGAACUCUCAUCUCCAAACACAUCCUUGUUUGCGACAACGGACCCAUUCUUCGCGGCUGCACUGCAGGCUGCGCAGGGCCCCCCGCCGUCGUUCUUUGCUCAGGCCGGCCGGCCAUCUGCACACUCGCCCUUCGUUCUCGCACAGCAGUUCCAGUCGGCGUACAGCCACUCGCACCACAAUGCGCCCGCCGAGGUUGACCCGCACCACAUCUUCGCCGCGCCACCGGCAGCGUUCACCUGCUGACGGGGCCCGGCAGUCAAGCCGGUCGUGUCGACAGCUCAGAGAAGCACUCAAUCUAUCACCCCUUGUAAUAUAAAAUGCGGCAUGCAAGCGCCGCCCUCUCGUUUCCCCAAAGAAUACCCCACGCCGAGUUCAUCGUGCCUGCACUCGACGUUCACCUAGCCGGCCGCCUUACUCGCGAUUUCGGUCAGAAUCCGCAUUGCUUGGCUGUUGUACUCCAACAUACCAUAGGACUGGCGCGUGUCCUCCAUGUUCGGGUGGACCUGGUUGCACACUGUUCUUGUCUUAUCCCCCCUGCCCUAUACCAGCCACUCCUUAAUGUUGUACAAAAGAUGCGUCGUGCUUCAGGCAGACAUGGACUGGUAUAUGAACCUGAUAUAC